ACCUGCCAAAGUGACAGUCGAAGUUGAGAGGUGACGGCUGGAUCACAGAGGGUUUGUUGCUAUCGAUUUUGAGAUACCUACGCAUUCCAUAGUUUUUAGGAAAAGUAGGGAAACUGGACUUGAUCGAAAAUGACGUCACGGAAUUUAAGUGAAGUGUUUGUUAUAAUGCGAAAUAACGCAAUCAAAAACCGAAACAUUUAUCCAGAUCACAAAAACAGUGAUGCGGAAAAAUUGCUCAAGCGAUCACUACAUGAUGCUGAAGAAGGCCUGGAACUGCGAGAUGAUUGUGGAGCUCCACCAGUUUGGAUAGAUAAAUUGGAAGAAGCGCAAUAUACAAUGUCUAAGAUCAAGCCUAAACUCGACGAGCUGGGUUCUCUGCAUGCUCGGCAUUUACUGCGACCCACAUUAGAUGACAGUUGUGAAGAAGAAACCCUUAUAGAAAACCUAAGUCAAGAAAUUUCUAAGCUGAUAACUUCAACGCAUCGUCACAUCCAGUGUAUCCGAUCAAGUCUAGGAGCGGGCAACAAAACCGAACAGCGGCUGACAAAGAACGUGGUAACGUACCUGCUCCUCUCCUUACAAGAGCUUACUGUGAAAUUUAGAAAUAGUCAAAAUAAUUACCUGAAACAACUUAAUUCGCGAGAGGAACGGUCAAACCAAUUCUUCGAAUCCGCCGAUUUCACCACUAUCGACCUCAAUGAAGAUGGACGGCAGAAAGUCAACAAUGUGGAUAGCUUUGACAAUUUUCUUCAACCUAAUACCGCAGCAGGUUUAUAUGACACGACUGAUGAGCAAUUAGACGAGCACUUCCAAAAGCCUGUUUCCCAUCGUAUGACGCAGCAACAACUCCUGCUUUUCGAAGAAGAGAAUACAAAGUUAGCGGAACAUAGAGAACACGAAGUUGCGAAAAUUGUUAAAUCCAUUAUUGAUUUGAACGAUAUUUUCAAAGAUUUGUCCCACAUGGUUCAAGAGCAGGGAACCGUUCUUGAUCGGAUUGACUACAAUGUGGAACAGACACAAACUCGAGUUUCAGAGGGACUAAGGCAAUUACAGCGAGCGGAAAGGUAUCAACGAAAGAACAGGAAGAUGAUGUGCAUUAUGGUCCUAUCUGGGGCCACCUUGUUCAUGUUACUAGUCCUCAUUUUCACAAAACUAAAUUGAAUAAGUUCACGUCAAUAUUUAUGUCACUUGUUAACUCAUGUAAUUAUGAAAAAAUAUAUUUAUAACAUUAAAA